AUGCAGCCCGCGCCUCUUGCAUGCACGAGGCUGCGACGACUGAUCACCAACCCAACCAAAGCGCGCGCCUCCGUUCUUGACACGCACAGCCUUUCGACUUCUCGACCUGAUCCUCGGAACAAUUUAGCUACCAACGUCACUCUCGUUGCCUUCGCAGCCCAUACUGAAUCCGCACCAAACGACAUGGCUGGUCAGGUUGAGCUGAAGGUGGUAAACACCACCAAACCGACCCAGAACGGUCACUCCCACCGCGAACAAGAUGUCCGUUCUUGUGCUCUGAAUCUCAACGAGCUGACUCCAGAAUUGCAAACCAACAUUCUCAAGCACAGUUUUAACGAAGAUCAGAUCUCUCGACCAUCAGAUCUCAAAUCGCUCUGUCGUACUUCAAAGCGACUGUAUGAUGUCGCUGCCAAAGAACUCUACCAUACUGUCAGCCUCGAGAUUGGCAAAAGAUCUGAUCUGAGACUGAGCGCUAUGUUACACCCAAACAAUGCUGGAUUGAAGCACAUCAGGAUCCUUCGUAUCCAGUUCAAUCCCCUGCACAACGGUCUUCCUGAAGCUGACAAUUCACGCGUUCAAACUGUCGUUCGAAUGCUCAUCGACUUCUUGCCCGAGAACGUUCUCGAAGACUUUGAGUGGUCUCCUUGGCUUGCCUUCGAUCAAGAGACUUUCAUCAUUCUCCUCAAUCGCCAAAAGCGACUCCAAUGGCUUACCGCCUUCAGAGUGGACGGAGCGGACGCUAUUGAGAAUCUCGAAGCCAAGGCAAGUGACCAUGCGGAAAUUUACAACAACUGUCAAAAGCUUGCUAUCUACCCCGACUCUCUGCCCUCCCUGGAACUUGGUCAAUUCCUACUCUCCAAGAUGUCGACUCUGACAGAACUGAUCAUACACACCAACUUCGCCCACGGGUCCAUUCAUUACAACACGAGGGAACUCAACGACUCCCCAUCAGGUCCGGGACUGGUGAACAGAACCAUGUUUCGUCACCUCCUUCCAUUCACCCAGAUCACUAAUCCGCCUUUUGCCCAUCUCCAAUCUCUCCGUCUGGUAGAUGUGGGUCUCCGGCACUGCGCAGACUCGUACGGACGCUUCAUCGACUUCACUCAACUUGAGGCAUUGCGUAUCGUCAAAUGUGCCGGCGCAGAUGCAUUGUUGUCGUUGCUAUGCAAGAGUGCCUACCUCCCUCGUAAGCUACGCUGCCUUGAGUUCCAGCACAAUGACAACCUGGACAAUGAUGCUUUGACAGCCUUGGACGACUUCUUGUGUCUGGUCGAGGGAGUCGAGGAGAUCUAUCUAGAUCUAACAAGCGUUAAGUCCAUGCCCAGCGUUGACGGUAUCAUCAAGCAUGGUAAGACAUUGGAUGUGCUUCUCGUCCACGCUUCGGGGGACUUGGUCGAAGAACACGUCUGGACCAGUGAUGACUUCCAACGUCUCUGCUUGAGCGUAAGCAAACUGCGUCAAAUCAGCUGUGCCUGGCCUGCUUCCAGCAUACUGAGGACCAACAGUCCUUCAUGGGAUGCAUAUCAGUUCAGCAUCCGUUCACUGUCUCGUCUCAUAACUCUGCACAUAAGCACCUUCCCCAGCUGCUCGCCCAAGGUCAAUCUCGGGAGAGCCAUGUAUAUGGAGAUGCUCCGUUGGCAAGCAACUCAGAUAUUCUUCUGGACAUCCUACACAGCUUCUUGUUUCAAGAUCAUCGCUUUUGGCGUCUCUGACAGAAUCCCCAGCCGUCAAGAUGGCAACAACCAACUCAUCUUCCUACGCUCCACCCUCAUUAACGCUGACGGUAAGGAGGAACCAACGGCAGUGCCCGUCAGCUGGGUAUCCCGACAAUACAUUGAGCCCAGAAGUGACGUUCUGGACUUUGAGCUCACCAGAAGACCAAAGAUGCCGAUCAGAGAUUAUGCAAGCUACAUGGAUGAGGACGAGGAUGACGACAUGGUCUGA